AUGGAAAAUCUAACUCUAGACCCUGAUAAACAGCUAUUGUUAAUCAAUCUCAAACAUUCCAAGACUGACCAGGUAGGAAAAGAAAAAGAAAAAGUGUGGUUAGUGGGGUCCUCAAUACUGAAGCAUGCUCAAUUAGAAGCAUUUUUAAGGCCUGGAGGUCUUCACCUGAACCUGAAAAGGCUAAAUAUUUCAUUAUGGUGGCAGGGGUACAGUGGCCUGAAAUUGUCUCAAGUAGAGCAGAAGCUUAAAACCCUUGCAAAGGUGGGUCCUGCACCAAAUGUCAUUUUAAUACACUGUGGGGGAAAUGACUUUGGGGAGACAUCUAUUAGAAAACUCAGGCUAGUUUGCAUGAAGCUUUUUCAAUUUAUUCAAACCAACUUCCCACAUUCUAAGGUCAUUUGGUCUUGCAUCUUUCCACGCAUACAAUGGCGUUAUUCUCAAAACUCUCGUGCUAUGGAAUCACAACGUAAACGCCUUAAUUCUUGUGCAUCCAGGUUAGCCUUGCGGUAUGACGGCGCAAUUAUCCGCCAUCCUGAUAUAAAGCAUGACUCCUUGUUCUUCUGUGAUGGAGUACACUUGUCAAAAUUGGCUAAUGCUGUUAUCCUAAAUACUCUUCAGGGGGGCCUUGAGGCUAUCUUAACAAAAGGGCAUGCUUGUUAUCCGGCUUAGCAAGCUUACCCUAGGGCACGGUUGUAAGUUAAAUCCGCUCAUACCCCCACCCAUAUGGUGGCGGAGUUCCCAAUCUCUAAAGCUCCAUAGCUGCUUUCGAGUUUGGGAACUUAUGGCGUGAAUGAGCGGCGCUGGUCAUUUCAGACUAGUGCAUGUAUUAUUAUGUGGACAUCGACCCCUGCACCUCCCAAGGGUCAAUCGUAAAUUCUGGACUUCUGCACCUCCAAGAGUCAAGGUAUUAAACCUGUGAACUUUGAACUUUGAAUGAACUUUGAACUUUGUUUGAAUUUGUUGAAUUAUGUUAACUACAUGUAUGAUGUUACUUGAUGUGUUGAAUUUUGAAAUUUGGGGCAUGCCCUUUGUCAUGUAUGGCGGCCCAUUACCCUUAAACAGCCGUGCCCAAUCAUCGCCAGAUUUGAAAUAAAAUUAAAGAAAUUUAUAAAUGUUUUACUAUUUGU